AUGAAAUCUACGGGUUUUGACGAUUUCUUUGUUGUUGAAGCUGAAGGCUUUUCUGGUGGUAUUUGGCUUCUUUGGCAUAAACAUUGGGGAUCGCUGGAAGUCCUUAAGUCUCACCGUCAGUUUGUCCACACCCGAGUUACCCUGAAUGCAGGGGGUCCCAAGAUGCUCAUCACUUUUACUUAUGGCAGCCCCAAUGUUACUCUUAGAGAUGUUCUUUGGCGUGAACUUCGAACUAUUGCAGGGUCAGUUACUGAGAGCUGGGCAGUUGUUAGGGAUUUCAAUUCCUACCUUUGUGCUUCUGACAAAAUUGGUGGGGGCCCUCCAAAUCUGGUGAGCAUGAACAAGUUUAGAGACCGCAUUGAAGAUUGUUCUUUGUCUGAUCUGGGUUAUAAAGGUCCUCCCUUUACUUGGGAGGGGAGAGGGGUUCGUAAGCGUAUUGAUUGGGCUCUUGGUAAUACGCCUUGGGUCCAAACAUUCCCACAAGUGUCUGUCUUUCAUCUUCCCCGGCUUAAAUCCGACCACAAUCUCAUUCUGAUUAAGCUCUUUGAGGCCCCUGGUGAUAACCUCCAACGUCCCUUUCAUUUUUUAGCUUCAUGGCUAACCCAUGCAGAUUUCCCCAGAGUAGUUGAUGGGGCUUGGAAGGAUAACAUGGCUUAG